UUCCAGUUUCCACUCGUCAUCUCAGCUGAGCAAUUGUUGAACUCUCGUAGCCAUCCACCAUGGGUCGCAUGCACAGUCGUGGCAAAGGUAUCUCUGCUUCUGCUCUUCCCUACAAGCGCACUCCUCCUAGUUGGCUCAAAAUCUCCGCUCAAGAUGUUGAGGAAAAUAUCUGCAAGUUUGCAAAGAAGGGCCUGACGCCUUCUCAGAUCGGCGUCAUUCUCCGUGACUCUCACGGUAUUGCUCAGGUCAGGAGCGUAACUGGCAACAAGAUCCUCCGUAUUCUUAAAGCUCAUGGGUUGGCUCCGGAGAUUCCAGAAGAUUUGUACCAUUUGAUCAAGAAGGCAGUUGCGAUUCGCAAGCAUUUGGAGAGGAACAGGAAGGAUAAGGAUUCCAAGUUCAGGUUGAUUUUGGUGGAAAGUAGGAUCCACAGGCUCGCUCGCUACUACAAGAAAACCAAGAAGCUCCCUCCUGUUUGGAAAUACGAGUCAACUACAGCAAGCACCCUGGUUGCUUAAUGAAGGCGUGGCUACCUACUAGCUAGAUGAGCAAUUCUCUCAUACUAGUCAUAUCGGAUCUUUGUACUGAAAUUGAACUCAUUUACCUGAAUUUUAGAGCAGACAGAAAACAAUUUCUUGCAUUUUUUAAAAAUUUAUUUUAGUUUUUAAAGGGAACAGAUUACCUAAUCUAUUGUUUUUAUUGGCAAUGUUUCACACUUUAUCCUAUUGGAGCUGUAAAAUUUUGAUAUGGGUUAUAAGCUACAUGUUUAUGUUCAGUGAAA